AUGCAGCCAUUAUCAACUAUUGAUCUUCUCUCAACUGAGCUCUUUCAGCUCCAUUACAAGAAUGCCUCACGAAAAGAACGUCUGGAGCUUUCUUACCUGCGAGCCAGGGCCAUUGCCAAACAUUGGGCAUUGACCUUGGACGACGUCGUUCGUGUUUCACCAAAGUCCCAGCGUGCUCACAUGGAUGGUAUCAUCGUACGGGAUCCGGUCGCGCACAUUAAUCUGAGCAUACAGUAUAACCUCGUCGUGGGCACUCUCGCCACCUAUGUGAAGAAAAGACCGGAUCUGGAGCCUCUUAUCAGGGAGUUUCUUGAGUUUGAUAUAUGUGGGGCUUUCAUGCUAAACGAAGUUGGUCAUGGGUGUGAUGCAAGAAAUCUCGAGACUACUGCCUCAUGGGAGUCUGAUGGCGGAUUCAAUCUGAACACCCCGAACCGGAACGCGGCCAAGUUCAUGCCACCAUCCAUGCCGAUGGCGGGAAUUCCUCGAGUUGCACUGGUCAUGGCACGCCUUCUCGUCGAAGGAGAAGAUCGAGGGAUUCGACCCUUCGUGGUUCCCAUCAACGACGGUUAUCGGAUGUGCCAAGGUGUCAAGUCAUGGCAAGUGCUUCUUCCGCCAAUUGGCUGCGGCGAAAUGCUUGAUCAUAGCCUGACGACCUUUGAUAAUGUGCGUCUAGAAGCAAGUGCUAUGCUUGGAGACCUGGUCAAGCCUGGAAAUCUGCGUGCUCAAUUCCUGUUCGCUAUUAGCCAACUCCGGCUUGGAUCCCUAGCCCUGAGUCUAUGGACUAUCCCUUUCUUGAAAUGUGCUGCGUUUAUUGCAGGAAAGUACAGUCAGCAGCGUACAGUCCAGGAGGGUGUUCAGGGAGAAAGGGUCCCGAUUCUCAGCUUCAGGACUCAGCAGCUGCCAAUCGCGCGUGCCUUGGCCCACGUUGCCGUCAUGGAACCGCUAGUGGAGUGGGUAGUGUCCCAGCAGAACAAUUCGUCCCUCGGCAUUAUGUCUAGGCAUGCACUCAGUGCGGCGCUCAAGUCCCUGUUCGUAUUCAAUGGACAAGAAAGCCUCAGUGCUUUAGUCGAGAGAAGUGGUGCGCAGGGGAUGUUUCCCGAGAAUCAGAUGGCAAAUGUGGAGUCUCUGACACGAUGUACGAGCAUCGCAGAAGGAGAGCUUCUUGUUCUUUGCAUCCGUCAUGCCACAGAGAUCCUGCUCGAACGUUGUGAGAUCCCCGAAGCAGAAAACCCCACGUCGUUGUUGGCUAAACAUGAGAGCGGUCUCAUUGCUGAGUUACGGGAGCUGCUCAAAACCUUCAAGGGUCACAGAAGUCCUGAGUACAACAAGUUCAUCCUGCCUCGAUGUCGACCAAUGAUGCUGGCAAUCGGACAGCGCAUGGCUUUUGAGAUUGCUGCCAAGCGGGGGGUUGACGGUGACUUGUUGGCCAUGUAUGAGUCGGAAGCGGUGAGAAGCGACUCCAGCUGGUACGUGGAGUGUUUGGAGCUGAGCAGAGCUGCCCAGUAUGAGAUGGAGAGUACAGCAUGCGAUGCUGUCAUGUCACAACUUAACAGGCAUCUCGAUGAUCUUGGCAUUGAGCCGUACUGCACGGCUCCGAUGCUGUCAGGCGCCAAGUGGGACGACUUCGUCAAUGUCGCUCGCACAUUCACUGCGAAGGCGGACGGGAGGGCAGCAGUCUUCCACCCGAGGCUUUAG